CGUCACGUGCCCGUGACCGACCAAUCAGAAGGGGAGGCGGCAAAAUCGCCGCGGCGCGAAAGUUCCACGUCGCCGUGCAGCGCCACACUGACGGCGGUGGGCGACGUCCGCGCCAACAAAAUAAUCCCUGCGCCACCACUCAUUGUCAUCACUUGCGAUUUCGGCAUUGUUUUAGUUUUUUGUGUUUGUCGGGUCGCCGCCGUGGCAGCUUGUCCUUUCACGGCUGUUGGAUGAGAAUGGCUGUGUUUUUGCUGAAGCUCUCGGUGUCACGACGCGAGUGUAUCCGUCCGCGUUGACGUCGUGAGGAAACUACGACAACGCCGCCUCUCACCUCUCCUCCCCGCGUCGUCGUUGUCCUCCACGGCACUCAAGGCCAACAAUGGCUGCGGUUGUGAGGAGAGAAACCGCCAAGAGCCGUGGGGCCGUGCAGCCCAACGUGUACGACUUUGAGACGCAAGACAACUUCCAGAACAGCGACUUUAACGAUGACCUGCAGAGAGGCGCUUCCGGAGAUGAAAAGCCACAGGGGUCAUCGCGUAAGAAACAAAAGCGAGCGGCUCCUGCGCUUGCGAUGGCUGACGUGGCUGAGCCAGACGAAGAGACUGACACACUAGAAGCCAAUGUCGGGGGAGAUGUGCAAUCGAUGCUGGAACGAUUUAGCUCGGACAUCAGCAAAGCAGUGCAGGCUAAGAGAAAGCGACUGGAGAUGUUCACAAAGGCCUCACUCAAAAGCAGCAACCAGAAGAUAGAGACCAUCUGGAAAACACAGCAACAGGAGAGGCAUAACGUGAGCGAAGAGUUUGGCCGUCAAAUCUUUGGCAUUUUGCAGCAGUGGGAGAAUGAUAUCCACAAGACCAAGGAUCAAGAAGAAAAGCUCAUGAACAUGGUGCGGCAGCAACAGAAGCUGUUCCAGCAGGCACGUGUGGUGCAGGCGCAGCGCCUCAAGUCCAUCCAGGAGCUGCACGAGCGCUACAUCAAGGACUUGGAGGACCUGGAGGGCUCCCACAACCAGCAGCUGCCGUGUGUGCAGAGUGAACUGCGCAGGGAUAUGGCCUUGCUACAGAAGAAGCUGCUCAUGGACACGCAACAGCAAGAGAUGGCAAGUGUGCGCAAGUCUCUGCAAUCCAUGUUGUACUAGGUAAGGAGAGGUGUGAGGAGAACUACUGUGGCCAAAAAACUUACCUCGCAUUAACAACAAAUAUGACUAGCGUGACAUUUUCAUGAAAUUCGAUUGUUGAAAUAGUAACGCUUAUGUAGAUAUCAAAAAAUAACAAACAUAGGGAAAGAAGAAAAAUCCUGGCCUUAUCUGUAGUGAUUUGGACAAAGCAUAGUUUUGACUGCAAGCUGAACCCAGAACUAGUCGGAGCUUUAAUCAAUCUCACAAUAACCUCGAGUUAAAAUUCACAAGUCGAAUUGCAAGUGUCAUGCUGGUAGUAGUAAAAAAUGUUUUUCUAAAGGAAUUUUUGAGGACUGCAAGGUUUUUUUUUCCAUUUGACUCACUUCGGGCACAUAGCAUCAACACAUGCUCAGUACAGGUCAACAUCAUACGCACGUCCGCAGUCUCGGAUGCUGCCAGAUGGCAUUUGGAUCCAGAGGAGUGGUCUGUUUUUUUCUUAUUUUGAUAAACACAAGCUUCCCAUGCCAGGGAUAGUAACUGUUGAAGGGCGACAUCGUGGAUCUAAAAAUACUGCAUCCCCAUCACCUUGCCAUUAAAGUUCUUAUUUAAAUGAAGGGUUCAAAGUCAUGUUUUACAAUUACAGUAAAUAAAACAUCUAUUGAAGCUUGACUAAUUUGUAGGAGGCCCCUUCCAUUGGUGGGGGAUGACUGGCAUACUUCAAAUAUAUAAAUUAAUUUAAUUAUUGCCUAUAAUUACAUUUACACACGGUGCAGCCGUGGAAGAGUGGUUAGCACGCUGCACUUUGAACCCCCACACCUCAAAUUUGAUUCUACAUAGCUCUGGGUGUCCAUCAUGGACAUUCAGACAUUUGUGCAGGGCAUUCAGUGUCACCAUAUUGGUUUGACGCCAGGUCAUAAUGACCUGCAAAAGGUGAGUGUCUAUGGAAGGCUGUGGUGCAGAAUUUUGGGAAUCCACAAUAUGCUUGGCCUCAUAAAAUGCCUUUUGUUAACAUCGAUAACCAACUUCACUAGCAAUGUUAGACUACACUGGGCAUGCUAGUGAGAUAUAGAUGGUGACAGAUAUAUACACGUGACAUAUGUUCCCCCAAAAUGCAUACAAUAGCUUAUAUAUAUGUACAAGCCCACUUCUCAGACAUGCAUACACUUGGCUUCAUAAAAUUAUUCACAAAUCAGAUAGUCCAGCUCUGACCUAUGGGUGCUGUUGGGAAACGCCUAUUAAGGUUGGCACGAUCAUUGUUUGGUGUGUUGGGCUAGUGGUGGAUUGCGAGCACCGCUGGAGUUGCCAGAUUUUUUGACCCAAAGUCGAACCUGCUUUUCAAAGACCGCAUACAGGAACUCCAAACAUGCACACACACACAUUAAAGAUCAAAGCAUUUACACCAAUUCACAAGCUCUACUCCUAUUUAGAAAUGUUGGUCGUACAGUAUUUAGCAGUUUGUGCUGUGCUUUAUUCAGAAGUCACAUUAUGAACUCGUGUCUUCAGAAUCAGUAGUGUAUUUGAGCCAAGAAGCUCGUUCGAUUUUUAAGGUUUUGGCCACAUGCGAGCCCUGGCCCAGCAAGUGGGAAGCGCUCCAUUUGGAGACAUUUCUCCAAAAAUGAACACGCUGAACUGAACCGUGACGUUUGUUCAUGCAAAUAUUUCUCUUUGCUGUUCAGGCUAUUGCCAUUUAUGCCUCGUCUUAAAUUUAAU